UCCUUCAUUUUUCCACAAAAUUUGUUCAAUCCUGGCAGGCUCAAAGUCGUCAAGAAAUUCUAGGGUUUUCCUAAUCUAAGAAAGAAAGAAUCAGCAUGUCGGAGGCACCAUUCAGACCUAGGGAGAAGCUUAUCGAGUAUCAGAAAUAUUUACAAAACAUCCACAAGCACACAUACCUGAAAGGACCUUACGAUAAGAUAACAUCUGUCGCUAUUCCUGCUGCUCUGGCUGCAAGUUCUCUGUUCUUAAUCGGACAAGGGAUCUAUAACAUGUCUCAUGGGAUUGGAAAGAAGGAAUGAGGCUGUCCACUCGUGCUUAGAAGACAUGAUUUACUUCGACUUUUGUGGUUUCUUUCUAGCAUGACGUUAUUUGUUUAUUUGCUUUAAUAAUUGUUUGGUUUGCACACUUCUUUGCAGCCAAUGGAAAUUAUAAAAGAUACCGUGUGGAAUUAUGUUUGAUUUUGAUUCUUUUGAAAGGUAAAUGAUAAAAACUCAGGAUUUA